AUGAUGCCGGCACUCAUGGGAGGCGUCCUUCCUGGACCCCCUCCUGCCACCUAUCACACCGAUGCCUUCUUUGAUGAUCUGUCAAGACAAAUGGCCGCUUCUCAGGCGUCACGAAGGUUAUCCCGAGGCUCCAGUGGACAGCAACGGAACGGAGGCGUGAUGCGCGUGGCAAAGCCCACCAGUGCCAACAGCAGCCCGAGGUCAACAUCGGCGAGGAGAAAGACUGUGGUGAAUGAUGGAAACUUGGCAAGGCGGAGGCAACAGCCCAUGGACCAAGUCACCAUGCCCGAAUAUGCCUCUCAGUCUCGACCGAGCCGUCCUCUCAGCUGGCACCCUCACACCUUCCAACACCAACAACAAAAGAUGCCUGUUGCCCAGCACAUGGCUUCGUAUCCGUUCCCGCCUACUACCUCAUAUGACACCGACAGCUACCGCGCCUAUCAGCAAUUCCCGCCAACCCCGGCGUCUUACUCGUGCAACACUUCGCCGGUUGCCUCAUUCUCCCCUCUUUCUCUGCCGUUCGGCACCUUCGACAGCUCGGCGUAUCUGCCUGUCGAAGGCUGGAAUGCUCCCCAUCAGACACCUCCAGCAUACGUCUCAUCAGAGACCACUGGAUACGCAGCAGAGCCCUUUCCGGGUCUGCCCACCACCCUGCCGGACCUCACACCUUCCACGUCCACACACUGGAACUCGUACUCGUUGAACGGCUUCACCAGCACAUCUCCUCCCACGCCCGAGACGCUGCCGCAGGCUCAGCAGCCCCAACCCGUUGUCCCCAACGAGGACAACAUUCCUUAUCAACCUCUGGAUGAGCCCGAGGAGGAAGGCGAGAUCCUGGUCGGCAUGGGUCUGUACGACGCGCCAGACAAAUACGACCAAGACCCCCAGCUCGACGCUUCUCGGUCCGCCAUGUCUUCCCUGCUUGGCGCGUCGUACCGUCCCCGCGAAGCUACUGGCAAGGGUCUGAAGUUGGAGGAGUCGUGGCAGCCUCCUGAGAGCGAUGACGAAGAAGAAGCCGAACAGGAUGAUGCCGACGGCGAGGACUCGGAUUAA